UUUUACCCAUAGGCCAUGAGUGAGCAGAAUAACGGAAUCGCACCGCCAUUGAUACUCACUAUUAUUAACUUCUGCACCUCAGCAGUUCGUCGCCCUCCGCUUGUUUGUCAAAUAACUGAAAGUGUUGUCGUUCAACUUUCGUUCGGUAGCUUCGUAUUUCCUCCUAUUCCUCAAUUUAUUUUUGCCCUUCCUCUUUGUUUGACUUUUUUAGAAGCUCUCAAAUUUCCCAAAUAUUCAAACAAUCAGUAUCAUAAUAGUCAUUCAUCGUAUGUCUCACAAGUACAUAGCAUCGCUCCAACAUCCAACAACAACUGUAUGCCUCACCAGUCAUCCAUCCUCUGCCUCAGUCAACGAUCGCCUCAUACAAUAACAAAAUGUCACGAUGUUAUGCAAGAUUCACACUCUGCGGCGUCUUUAACCGGGCAACGGGAUAUUAUUCCACCACCUCGUCCCCGAAGUAACCAAACAAACCUCCACCUCAGACGACCGCGAUCUAUCGCCCGAUUCUUGCAAAAUCAACCGAGGCAUCUUUCGGCUUGCCUUUUCUUUCGUUUCGCCUGGUCAGCACUCUCCUCUUCUUCCCCGACACUUGGUCAGUGUUCAUUUCCCCCCCCGGUCCGACAGCUCCGUCCCCGCCACGAGUUAGCGAUAACUUUCUCCCGAGAGAGAUGAGUAAGCAGAAGGAAGGAAAGGUAUAUAAGAAGAUAGCUUUUCGUAGUUUUCAUAGUCCCUAGAAAAUCAAUACUGUUGUCCUUUCUCACUACCUUGCCUCCGAGCAUUCUUUUCUUUUAAGUCGCUUCAGUCAGCCCUUAGUCCAGCUCCUGCUCCUUCAGGCCCUGGCUAUUCCUUCCUCUAAGUCCAGCUUCUGUUCCGUCAGCCUGGCAAUUCUUCCGUCCGGCUCUGCUAGGCGUGAAU